GUCUCGGCGACGAGUGUGUGUAUCUUUAUCAGUGUAGCUGUAGUUAGCUACUUACUGGCCGAGUGCCCUUCCCACGAGAAUGCAGUUAUUGCCGUGUACAAUAUUUUCUCAAAGGUUGCUUUAUAGCAACAUUUACGCUCAUGUAAUCGCGCUGUGAUCGACUUUAUUCCAGUGUUGUGCAUUGUGUGUCGUGCCGCGAGCGGAGGAGGGGGUGCGCGCUCCGAUCACGCGAGGUGUUAUGCCGUCUGCGAUGGAGGGCUCUUCGGAAGAAGGUGACCUGUUUACCGUGAAACACGAGCUCAAAAACGCAAAUUUGACGGGCCACGUUGAGCGUGUUGGCAUUGAAAACUUUGAGCUGUUGAAAGUGCUGGGAACUGGAGCCUAUGGCAAGGUGUUCUUGGUACGCAAGGUGAGCGGCCAUGAUUCAGGUCAACUGUAUGCCAUGAAGGUUUUGAAAAAAGCCACUAUUGUGCAGAAGGCCAAGACAGCAGAGCACACGCGCACAGAGAGACAGGUCCUCGAGCAUAUCAGACAGUCUCCUUUCCUUGUUACACUUCACUAUGCCUUCCAGACGGACACCAAACUGCAUCUCAUUUUAGACUAUGUGAAUGGAGGUGAGCUCUUCACACACCUGGUCCAGAGGGAUCAUUUUAAAGAACAAGAAGUUACACUGUACAGCGGGGAGAUUGUACUAGCACUGGAGCACUUGCAUAAGCUGGGAAUCGUCUACAGAGAUCUGAAACUUGAGAACAUACUUCUGGAUUCAAAUGGUCAUAUUGUGCUGACAGAUUUUGGCCUUAGUAAGGAAUUUCAUGAGAAGGAGGUAGACAGGGCUUAUUCCGUCUGUGGCACCAUAGAGUACAUGGCUCCCGAGAUCGUAGCUGGUGGAGAGUCAGGACAUGACAAGGCAGUGGACUGGUGGAGCAUGGGAGUUCUGAUGUAUGAACUGUUGACCGGAGGCUCUCCUUUUACUGUGGAUGGCGAUGAGAACACUCAUUCUGACAUUGCAGAGAGAAUUAUGAAAAGGGAUCCCCCAUUUUCUAAAGACAUUGGCUUCCUGGCCAAAGACAUCAUCCAGCGACUGCUAAUUAAAGACCCAAAGAAGAGGCUGGGCUCCGGUCCCUCGGGUGCCCAAAAUGUAAAAAGCCAUCCAUUCUACCAGAAACUGAACUGGGAGGAUUUAGCUGCUAAGAAAGUCCCGGCUCCUUUUCAGCCGGUCAUUCGCGACGAGCUGGACGUGAGCAACUUUGCAGAGGAAUUUACGGAGAUGGACCCAACUUACUCCCCAGCUGCCCUUCCAAACAACUGUGACCGAAUUUUCCAGGGCUAUUCCUUUAUGUCCCCUUCCAUUCUGUUUAAGAGGAAUGCGGUGAUGGACGACCCAGCACAGCUGUGUGGAGGGUCCGAGAGGCCGGGUUAUGCUUCUGUAGCCCGUAGCGCUAUGAUGAAGGACUCUCCGUUCUACAUGACCUAUGAGCUGGACUUAAGAGAGAACGCACUGGGCGAGGGAAGCUUCUCCAUCUGCAGAAAAUGUACCCACAAGAACACAAAGCAAAACUACGCUGUGAAGAUUGUCAGUAAAAGGAUGGAGGCACUUACGCAAAAAGAGAUUGCUGCUCUCAAACUAUGCGAUGGACACCCUAACAUAGUGAAUCUACACGAGAUCUACCACGACCAGCUGCACACAUAUCUGGUGCUGGAACUCCUGCAAGGUGGAGAGCUGCUGGAGAGGAUCAGAAGGAAGCAGCACUUCAGCGAGACGGAGGCCAGUCGCAUCAUGCGCAAACUGGUGUCUGCUGUUAGCCACAUGCAUGAUGUGGGAGUGGUGCACAGAGACCUCAAACCAGAGAAUUUGCUCUUUACUGACGACACUGAGAAUUCGGAGAUCAAAAUCAUUGACUUCGGAUUUGCACGGCUCAAACCCCCCGACAACCAGCUGCUGAAGACUCCUUGCUUCACACUCCAGUAUGCCGCUCCUGAGAUCCUCAAAUACGAUGGCUACGAUGAGUCAUGUGACCUCUGGAGUUUAGGGGUCAUUUUGUACACCAUGCUGUCUGGUCAGGUCCCGUUUCAGUGUCAGGAGAAGAGUGUAACGCACACCAGUGCAGAGGAGAUCAUGAUGAAGAUCAAAAAGGGAGACUUCUCUUUUGAAGGUGAAGCCUGGCGCAAUGUCUCCAGUCAGGCCAAGGAUCUCAUACAAGAGCUGUUGACCGUGGAUCCUGACAAACGAAUAAAAAUGUCUGGCCUGCGAUACAAUGCGUGGCUGCAGGAUGACAGUCAGCUCUCCUCGAACCCUCUUAUGACCCCUGACAUCCUGGGUUCCUCCACCGCUUCUGUGCACACCUGUGUCAAAGCCACCUUUAAUGCCUUCAAUAAGUGUAAGCGGGAGGGCUUUCGACUCCAGACGGUGGAUAAGGCUCCUCUGGCCAAACGUAGGAAGAUGAAGAAGACCAGCACCAGCACAGAUACCCGCAGCAGCUCCAGCGAAAGCACACACUCCUCUUCCUCACAGUCUCAGGAUAAAACACCGCCGGGUGGAGGGACGGCCAUCAUGCCUCAAGCCUCUGUAAGCACACCUCUCACUCUGGGCCCUGAUGAUGACGCCUCAGAGAGUCAACCCAAACCUGCCUUCGCCUUCAAGGAGUAAACAUUUCUGAGAGACCUACCUCUCCCACAAUCCCUUUCUGUGUCAUUCACGCUCUGGCCUCGUAAUUCCCAUUCGGGGAAGUGGCACCAAUUCAGUUGCUAGCAAUAGAUGCACGUUGGUGAACGAGGUGGACUUUGCCUGAAGGCCGACUUUUGUGACCUUCGAGUAACAAGGAGGUUCGCUUUUGCAAUGUGCUGCCGACAAACCGGGCACAAAUGCAAGAAUAAAAAAAAAGAUGAUAAAUAGAAAUUUAUUUAAAAGGAAUAUUAUCGUUUAUACGGACUCACACGAUGGCUCCACUUGAGGCAGGAGCUACAGUAUGUUGACUUUUGCGUAUCUAACUUGACUUCUUCCAAAAGAUUUUAUUGAAGUAGCAACAGUUAAAUAUAACCGUAUUUCAUUGUUGUUUCACACUUUGGCAAGAGGAAAAGAUAAUAGUUUGUUUGCGAUAUUUUCUGUUGAAAUCCUUUCCUCAGGUUUCAUUUUUGUUUUUAGCUUAACUCGCUUUUAAAGAGUUGAGGACAAAGCCACUGGUUAACUGAGGGGACGGAGCGUUUUUGUUUAAGCGUUGUUCAUUCCAGUAGUCUACAUGUUGCCUUGGACUUUACUCUCAGCAAGGUUUAGCAUCUCUAAGUUUAGGCUGAAGUUGAAAGCCACAGAUGUUAAACUAAAUAUACUUUUAUAAGACCUUUAAAAGACUGGAAGCCACAUUUUAGCUUUUUAUCAACGUGAACUGCCUGCUAAAAGAUAUCUGUGGCUUCCUGUGUGUUGGAUCAUGUUGUUUUUUUUCGGCGAUGACUGACGCUUUAAGGCAGCAGCGGCUGUGGUAGUGCCUGUGGUUUUAAAAACGAUGCGCUUGCAUGUUUUGCUGUUCGCCUUCUCCGUUUCACAGGUGUCGGAGGUUUUGUUAUGCGGUUAUCAGCGUUUGUGCUUUUACUUGAUAUUACUAGCGAUCCGUUUCGCAGUUGAAAGGGAAUCGUUUUAUCUUUGGCCCAAAGGACAGUCUGCAUUUUUCAUAGCGUAACGCUGUAAUAGUUCCCUUGAUCGCGUUUGUGUCUCUCGAGCACUACAAAAACAUUGAAGGCACUUGAAUUUAACAUUGCUAUGCAAAAUUUCUCAUUUUCUUCCUUUGUUUUUUGUUUCUGUUCAUAUCCUUACCGAACUUUAUGCAUUAAUUUAAACAGUUCAAAUCAGGGCAUCAGUGAGUACACGCAUAACUGCCAACAGUCGCCCAGUCUCCAAAAAAGCUUGCUCGGCCACUAACCAAAAGGAGACAUCGCAUCCACAGGCUUUAAAAUGGCGAGGGCUCAGGAAGGACCUGCUCAAAUACGCAUAAACUGGUGCUCCUGCCAACUCGAACACGGGCAGAGGACAAGAGCAAUAAGAGUAGCGGGAGCAUUGUGGCUUCCGUAUGGCCUCUUCUCCAUCACUGUUCUCCAUGUAGUUCCCUCUUUUGUUGGGGUGCAUUAAUAGAUCCGGAGUCGCAGAAAGUCCUACAUUGAACUCUCCUCUGGGAGGAAGGCAUUAUUAGAUGAUUUACCAUGGUGUUUUUCUGGCCUUGAGGAGUUCGUCCCAUUGUUUCCCCAUGCAGGCCAUUAAAGAACCGGAGCUGGUUUACAGUCAGAGCUACAGUGAGGCAGAGAUGUCUCUUUAUUUCUCUUGUUUUAGCUAUUAUGAGAUUAAAGGCCAGCCAUGGGGGUUUUAUUAAUUCCAUUGACUGUUUAUAGAAGUGGAGCGAGCAUGUCGUAAGCAUCCGGGCCUUAAACUGAACGCGCUCCUUUGAUCCGAGCACUUCAUUUUUGUUGCCCUAUUUUAAUGCUUUUAAAUCGUGUUGUCUGGUUUUGAACAGUAACGGGGACUGUGUGCAUGUAUAUAUGAUAGCAGUGGGUGUGGGUAGCUCAUCUGCUUGUGGAGAUGGGGUGAUUAGACUUUUAAGCCCCACCUUGUUUUUAAAGGGUUGUGGGUUUGAUAAAAGGCGGUUGAGGUAACACAAAGAUGUAAAUUGCGGAUGUUAUGAAUUUUUUCUACUGCAGUGAUGUCUACUCUUUAAAUUUCAGACUACAGUCUGAUCUAAAGCUUUAUAUUUGAAAAAAAAAUAUUCCUGAGCUUUUGUGCGGUAGGAAUGUCACACAAAUGAGUCAUUUCACUUUAAAGUUAAAGGAAAAAUAAGAGUACAAUAUUUUUGACAUUAUGGUCAUGAUAGUUAAGCACAAAAUUUAACCGGAUCCUUUUAACCUUCAGUGUUGCUUUAGCUCUUGAAAUAUGGAUCUUUGAACAAUUUCAUAUUAAUAAUAGAUCAUGCGUCAUGAACACAGAUGUUAUACGCUGGUUUUAUCUGCCACUCCAACAAUCCACUUUUUUUCCAAAGGCGUAUUCUGAAUAUCCCAGAAGCCCCAAAUAGACUGGAGUCUCAUUGUGAAACAAGAAGGGACGUUUUGUAUCCUUCUUUCACCAAAGUCAUAAUUUGUAGCAGUUACUUCUUGCAAAAUGUAAGCCUUUUGCAACUUUGUCAUAAAGACUUUGGUCUUGUCUUGUGAGAUUUUUGUCAAUGAUAUCGGGCUUCCUUCCUCUGGCAUUUACUGCUGUGAACCAUCAUCUGUUUGUUUUAAUGGUUAUGAAAGCAAGCAUCCAUUCUGAAAACUAGCACAAUCUCACAGACUGUUUAAAUUUUAUUUCUGUAGUUUUUAUCACUGUGACCCCCUGUUUAAGUUACACAAAGGGACGGCUUCGAAAUGGACCAUGUAUACUUUGGGUCUUUCCAAAUGCAGCCAUAAGAAAGAAUAACACCAGAUGUACAACAUAUGCAUUCCUACUAUAUGGGGAUUUUGGUUUGGAGAGCGUAGUUGCCAGUAACGUUACUAAAGUUUGGUGUGCAGGCAAAUUCAUAACUAUUGUAUGUCUAGAUAACAUCUUAUAUUAAAAAAAUAA